GUCAUUGUCCUGUGUUAGGUUAGAAAAUAACCUCAAAAAUCUUGUUUAUCUUAUCUUAUUUUCAUAAUAUAUAAACAAUUUACCAUUAAAAAGCCAGCACUGCACCAUGAAGAAAGUGAAAACAGCGAAUAGGCCAAAAUUCCCAAAUACACGCAAAGCUCUACGUAAGGAAAAAAGGAAACAAAAGAAAAUUAAUCGGCAGGACCAUUAUUUGAGAAAGAAAAAUGAGUCUAUUCAGCCUAAAUAUGUAGCAGGAAAAUUUGUUAAGCGGCCAGCUGAUAGCCCAGUCUUCAACGAUGAACCGAUAAGUAAAAAACCGAAAGCUAAAGUUGAAACAACCCAAGACAUUGUAUUAAGGCAGCUAAACAAAGAGAGGAAUGAAGCCAACAAGCUCAAAUCGCAGAUGAAUGAACAGAGAAAGAAGAUGAUGCUCCAAGCCAAUGAGGACGAGGAGAAGAUGAUCAAGAAGCUGGAGAAGCAGCUGGGGCUGAAUAAGGCCAAAAAUAAGACCAAGACUUUUGCUGAGGAUGGUCUUGAUUAUUUACUAGAAAUCUGUGAUAGGACAACAUCAGAACAGAUUGUAGCUGCAGAAAAGCAUUUGGCUGAAGUAGAACACGAUUCAGACUUUGAGGAAGAUCUAGCUGUGGUUACUGGUAAAGAAAUACCUAAAAAGAGUAAAAAAGAUAAAGAGAAAAAAGAAAAAGAUAAAUCUGAAGAUAAAAUAGAUUCUGAUGCUGAUGAAAUGGAUUUGGAUGACGAUAGUGAUCAGCCAGUUAGUGGUGAAAGUGAAAUAAGUGAAGAUGAUUGUGAAAGUAAUGACAGUGAACUAGACGACUAUGAAGAAUCAGUUAAGAAGUCAAAUAAAAAAUCUUUAUCUAGUAAUAAGGAAUCAAGUAAAGAAAAACAUAUUUCUGAAGAUGAUAACGUAAGUGAAAGUGAAUUAAAUGACAGUAGUGAUCAUGAAAGUGAAAAAAGUGAAUCAGAUGAAGAAUCCGUAAAGAAAUCCACAAAAACAUGUAGGAAUAAGCAAUCAAGUAAAGAAGAAAAAAGUAAAACAAAAUCAAAACAGACAAGGGAAAGAAUUGUUUCAGAAAAAGACCUUAGUAAAGUAUUCAGUGAUGAUGAAGUGUCAGAGCUGUCUGGCAAUGAAGAUUUAUCCGGUGAUGAAAAUGGUGGUGUCCAAAAUACAAGUGCUAAGGAAGAAGUUGAAAAACCUGAUGUUUGGGAGGAUAUCUAUGGAAGAAAAAGGGACAAAGAAGGAAAUAUUAUUAAGGAAGAAAAAGGAGUAUAUGUUCCACCACAUUUAAGGAACAAAGAUUCAGUUUCAGAUAAGGAACUGGCUCAGCUCAAACGUCAAAUUAAAAGCGUCCUCAACAAGCUAGCCGGUACAAACCUCCACUGGGCUUGCACAUCUAUAGAGAACCUAUACUCCAGUAACAGCAGACAUUCAGUCAACACUGCUCUCACGCAGCUAUGGCUGGACGCGACGGUUCAAAAGGCUCUAACUGCGGAUAGAAUGCUCGCCGAACAUGCCGCUCUCAUUGCAGUUCUACACGCCAACGUUGGCUCUGAAAUAGGUGCCCAUUUCUUAGAAGAAUUAUCAAGGAAGUUUGAUGCCAUGAUGGAAACCCCACAACCAGUACAAGAUAAGACGUUGGAUAAUCUUGUAGGAUGCCUCGCUCUUUUGUACAGCUUUAAGAUCUACCAGGCAUCUUUACUCUAUGACAUUUUAACACGUUUAGUAGAUGAAUUAAGUGAAAAAAGUAUUGACUGUGUGCUCACAGCCUUACGCAAUGUGGGGGGAGUGUUAAGGAAGGAGGAACCAGCCGCACUAAAGACAUUCAUACACGACACACAAACUAAGGUUACCAAGUUGAACCAGAGUGCAGACACUGGGUCCCGUAUAAAAUUCCUUUUGGAAGUAUUGCUGGCAGUGAAAAACAACAAUUUGAAUAAGAUCCCCAACUACGACCCCACAUAUAUAGAGCAUUUGAAGAAAAUGUGUCGUGGCAUUGUUAGAAAAGGCAACUAUGUCACCACGCUCAAUAUUAGACUGGAAGACUUAUUAAAAGCUCAUGAAAGAGGAAAAUGGUGGGUGGUAGGAUCGGCGUGGGAGGGCAGCCGCGUACAAGAAGACAAACAAACAGUUAAUUUACCAGCGUCCAGUGAUCAAAGGCUGCUGGAGUUAGCAAGAAAACAACGCAUGAAUACUGACGUCAGAAGAAGCAUAUUCUGUGUUAUUAUGGCUGCUGAGGACUAUAUGGAUGCGUUCGAAAAGCUGCAACACCUGGGGCUAAAAGGUCAACAAGAAAGGGAAGUGAUCCAUGUAUUAUUAGCGUGCUGUCUGCAGGAGAAAACAUACAACCCCUACUACGGGGUGCUGGGACAGAAGCUGUGCGACUAUGAUAGGAAAUACCAGCUGUCAAUACAAUACUCGGUGUGGGACAAGAUAAAGGAGCUAGAUUCCCUUUCCAAGCAGGGCACGGCGAACUUGGCACAAUUCCUGAUACAUCUCAUCAUGCAGAAAGGACUGCCGCUUUCAGUUUUAAAGAUAAUCCAAUUCUCCGACCUAAACAAAACAACAGUUCGCUUCAUGCGUCAAAUCCUACUCGCAAUAAUCAUGAACGAAGACCUACAAACAUCACUAGAAGUGUUCCACAGGAUAUCCAAACCGCCCAAACUGCACAUGUUCAGAGAAAGCCUCCGACUGUUCAUACAACAUUUCCUCAUCAAAAACGCGGGGAAAAAGACUACUGUUUUAUCCGACGAAGACAUGGCAACACUGAAAGAAAGGGCGGUUGAAGUUGAUAGGAUAUUGACUUUGUACGAAAAUAAGUUACGACUUUGAUUAAAUUUUCUUAUUUAGUAA